UUAUCGUAUUGAUGGUUUACACACCAUACACAAUUUAAUGUUGGUAAAACUAGAUAACUUAGAAAACUUGAUGCAUAAGGCUACACCACCUACUUCAGCAAGAGCUUUGUUGCCAAUGAGUACAACAUAUCCACUGGAAGAUGACAUAUCAAACAUUGUUCUUUACAUUUCAUCUGAUGAUGAUAACAACAUAUUACCUAAAGGAACUUCUGUUCAUAAAGGGUCAUCAAGCAAAAAAAAAAAACAACUUCCACUUAUAAGAAGCUCAAUGUGAAAUCUGUCACUUCAGACUCAACCUACACAGAGUCAUCAAUCCGUUUUGGAUCUUCAUCAAAGAUGACACAUUUGUUUCCAACUGCUACUGACAAUGAAUGCAUGGUGGGGAGGAGGAGGCUAUCUUUUGUGCCCUCACCAAGUUCUAGGGCAAUGCAAAUUCCUAAGAAAGAACCCUUGGAUGCUAAGACUGAAGUGAAGAAUGUUCCAAUGCAUACUAUUAAACACACCUUGUCUAAGUUUAUCAAGACCAACUUUACUAUCACACCAGCCAUGAGUCUAACAGAAGAGGAAGCUCAACUUUCUGCAUAUGUUUUUCACCCUUUUAAUGACCUGGGUGAGAUACUAUUCAAGCUUGAUGGCUUUGAAGGAAUUCGUAAAGAUUUCAUGACCUUGUGUCCUGCAAAAAUAGUUGAAACAGAGAUUGCACACAUGAUGGCAUUAAAGGUUAAUUGGACUCAAAAGCAAAUGUUAACCCCUACAAAGUGGACACUGCCCCCUGCAUUUGUGCAUUCUAUAAACAAAGGAGACACAAUAGAGAAAAUCAUUGAAGAGUAUGCUAAGUAUUGGAUGCCGGAUUUUGAAAACCUCAGCCAUAUCUAUGUGCCAAUUGAAGAUAUUUGUGGCUUGUGGUACCUUAUGGUUGCUUCCAUUGAUGAGAAAAUGUUGUACCACAUUGAUCCAUUCUUCGAAGAACAAAAUGUCAACCCUACAAACAGUCAUUCAAGAUGUGUGGGAAGUGAUCACUCAAAUGUUACGAAGCCCACUCAUCCCGACUCCCUUUAGAGCUGAAACCCUCAAUGGACAAAACUGGACUGUAUCUGACCCAAUGGGCAUUGGAAAAAAAAAGGAUUUUGGUAUGGAGA